CAGCGUGGGCUGGUGGGGGAGGGGGGAGGCCUGAGCGCACGCGCACACGUGAGGGUCCCCUUGGCAACCUGACAACAGCAGCACCAAGGAGAGCGCAGGCCAGGGCUCGGAAACAGCACCAGCCCCAGAUCACCAUCAGAGCGCACCAAAACUGCGGCGACCCUGGCAGAAAGAGCGGCGGCUGCCCUCUGCGGCCCGACCCAGCGCUCGGAACGGCCGGACCUUCUGGGCAUGCAUGGAAGUCGUUUACCAGACGGUGCUGUCUAGUACGUCUUAUAAGGCCAGACUUCCGGACAGCGUUUCAUGUUCUAUUUCAAAAUUAGAGCCAAGAAAAACCUAUCCCUUAAGAAGAAGGGGACAGGGUGCAAAAAGAUAUCAACCAAGAGAUCUUGCAAGACCUAAAAAAGUAUGGCGGUCACCAGAUAGAAAAUUGAUUUGGGGAAACCAAGAUACUAUCAAACCUUUAACUCUGGGUACUUUGAAUGCGAAGCUAACUAAAAGACUCGAACGACUUGCAGAACCUAAGAAAAUUCCCAAACUACAUGUACCUAACAGGCCUGAAUAUCAUAAUAGUUGGGGUCGAGGAUCUGUAAUCUGGAAGCUUCCUACAAAGACAUUUUUUCAUUUUCCAACUCCCCGCAUAGAAAAUCUGGCAGAACCAAAGCAUUUGCAGGAAGAAUAUGUACGAAAAAGGCCAUAUAGCUCCCCUGAAUGGCAUGUGAAAGAUCCUUCACUCAUCCCUGAGGCUUCUGUCCGGGUAGUUCAACUCUCUGUGGCUAAAUCUACACAUCCAGACUUUGUUGCUCCCAAACAGGUUGAAACAAAGAUUACACCUGCUGCUCUACAUGCAUUUCCCUCAUCAAGAGUGAUCUCUCUCUCAGAACCAAAGGUCAAAACAGAAACAUUAUAUUUUGAAAGAGGAAGAAAUAAUUCGCCAAUUCGCCCAGUUUCUACUGCUGCCAUGGCGGCCCAUCCCAGCCCUCGUACACUGUUUCUAGCUAAAGCUAAAACCGUGCAUGGUGAUUACCUCCCGAUGCGCCCAGUUCAACAACCAGUACAACGUGCUGCCCUAAAAUAUGUUCCAUCACCUAGGAUUGUAGUAUUAUCUACCCCCAAUUCAAGAACUCCUCUGACUAUGAAUACUAUUAACCUAGAUGCCUUUAAAGUUAAGGAUGCUGCAAAGGUAGCAUUUUGCUCACCGAGAAUAGUGAAAUUGGCAGAGCCUGUCAAACGUUGAAAGGGCAGAACAAAAUACUUUCAGCACCACUUGAUGUGUCCUGAUUUCCUCUUAAGAUGUCUGGCUCUCCUUUUAUGCAAGAAAACAUUCCACGAGACCUCUGGGAGAAUCACUGUAAUAAUUAAACAGCAGUUGUUACUUCUGAACACUUUUUGAGUAGUAUGUAUUUGUAGUCUCCAACGUUCCCCUCCACUCCCACUAAAAAACUGGGAAAUCAGCAAUAGUGACACAUCCUUUUAAGUGAUUGAGAACCUGCUGAUGUUACUGAUAAGCUUGAAGUGUGAACUCUUUUUUGUAUUUUCGUGUGUUUUAUGCAUUUUCUUUUCUAAUAAGAUGAGGGUUCCCGCAGUUUGCCAAUACUUCUGUCCCUUUCUCCUCAUAGAACAAACAAGAGACCUUAGUCUUCUCAAACCAAGUAAUGGUGUUCUAUACCAAUUAUAUUUAAUUAGGUGGAGAUUACAUUAUUAUAAACAAUUAUACAUUGAGAAGAAAGUCUGAGCUCUCUUAAACUUGAAAUGUCAUUUUGUUUUGGAUAAUAAUAUAAGGGAUGAGUUUACUCCAAAGUGUCACAUUUUCACCAACCUUCCUCUAUCUAUGUACGCUCAGUGUCAUGUAAAAUAAGUUCUUUGAGCAACCUGGGGAUCACUGCUUGAAAACAGCAGAAAAUCUGACAAGAUCACUCCAAAAAUUUCAUCAAUGGGACAACUGCACAGGCUUUAUAUUUUCAAGAUUUCAAGACACAGGUAAAUUUUACUUUAGAUAAAAUCAUACAACUGAAAAAAAGAGACAAAUGCAAAGUAGUGAAUAAUUCUUGAAAACCGUCUGAGGUAGUUAAAUUGUAUCUCCAGACUCUUCCUGUUGAUGAAGGGAAUGCCAAUUUUACAUUACGUAGAUAUGAAGUUUAUAAGAAGAUCUUGUUUAAAAUAAGGGUAAGGAGCUGAUUAAUAUUAAGAGGCUGAUGCAAACAGUAGAAGAAGUCAACCCUAUGGUAGCAAGAUUUUUACCAAAGAUUUUAUGUCUGAUACUCCUAGUCAUACAUAAAAUGGAGAGAGUAGACUUGCAGGCAGUUGUCAUCUAUAGAAAUGCAGCCUCUAGGCUAUUCCCAGAAACAUUUAGGAUCACAUGAGAAAUUCAAAGUCAACUUGUAAUUGACCCUUGAUUCCCUGAUUUCAUCUUGAAAUCCAUUCUGUAUUUACCCAACUUACUUUUCUAUUUUUAGCACUUUUUAACUACCUUUUUUAAAAACAUUUUUUUACUUACCCUUAGCCACUUUUUCCUUUGAGCCAGUUUAAAAAUCAGACAGUUCAUAAGUCAUUAUAAUUAAAGGGAAGAGAGUUGUUAUCUACUUUGCUUGUAAAUCCAGUGGAAAUUCCAGAACAUCUGUUUGUUAUCUAUAAAGCCUACAAACUGACCUGAUGUAGUUCCACAAGAUAUAGGGUCUAUCUUUGCCUAUCUUUGUAUAAUUAAGGAGAGUCUUAUCUCUCUCACUGAUCUUUCUAGGCACAGAGGAGCUUGUGAACUCAGGUCCUCUCUCAAGGUGUACAAAAUGCACAUGGAUCUUAUAAAUCAAUCAAGCGUUCCUUAGUGACAGAGAGGGGUGGUUACUAGCCCCCACAAAGGUGAUAGCCCGCUCUCCUUUAUGUAAUCAUGUUGUCCCUACCCCCAUGAUACUGUCUUGUCUACCCUAUAACCAAUUGUAUUGUCUUUUUUCACCUACCCAACUUGGUUCUUUGUUCCUUGCUUCCCUAAAAAUGCUUUAAAAAUGUUGUUAACCCCAUAAUUGGGUCUUAGCUUUGCUGGGAAAGCUAAGAACCUAUUUAUUGAUAAAUUUGUGCUUUAUCAAUAAAUUGAAUUUGCUCAGAACUUUGUGCCUCAGUUUAUCUCAAAUUUUAAACAACACACAUUCUUUCACCUGUACCAGGUUGUCCCUCCCCUACUCUCCUCCUUUCUUCUGUCUCCACAUAAAUGUGUUAAGUGUAUGUACAGUAAACUUCACAUCCAUUGGGGUCAAAACUCGGGACAUGCACAGGGAUUUUCUGCUCACCCUCUCAAAUGUUGAUUUGCUGGAACACACACACAAAUCCUAUUUCAAUAAUGGCCCCAAGAUGUCUGGAAUAAAACCCAGAAAAUUCCCCUGAAUCCCCUAAAAAUCCCCCAAAUUUCGUUGCUAUCCACAAGCAACCAGUCUGUCCAAAGGCUCCCCAAUAGUGAGCAGUCUAUUAUCACCAGAAGACUCUGUUCUUCCUCCUCGAUUCAUCCAAGCACAUUAUGCUCCUAAUGGAAAAAUGCAGCUAAGCUGGACUGACUUAGUACUCUAAUCUUGACUCCCUUUUUUACAUUCCUUCUCCCUCUGGUGAAGAUGAUCCACAUCUCUGGUAGAAAUUGUAUUUAGGGAGAAGGAAUGAACAUCCCUGAUACAUCAUGGCUGCCCCCACUUGUAUCCUUCUCUCAUACUUUUAAUUCUACUCAUAUUUAGAUGGAUAAUUCCAUGUGAAAUAAGUUGAAUACACUAGUUUGGAAUAUGAAAUAUAAAGACUCAGUGAAUCUUCUAGAUUAUUAGUUCAGUCACUGAAGGGGGGAAUUACUUUGAAUAUCUGUUGUCUAAAGCCCAGCAAGAAGGCUCUUCCUAUUGGGAAAGGUAUGAUCUAGUCAGACUGAAUAUCCAAAUUCCCACACUGGAUCUUUUGUUUUCUACUUUUUUCCUCUGUUACUUUCUUUGCUUCUGUACCUUUGUUUAGUGACUUUGUAAAAAUAGCUAAUAAUAAAACAUUUAUAUAAUAUUUA